GGAGGGGCUCUAUUGUAUAGCUGACACAGCACUUCUGAGCCAAAGCUGUGGCCUGAAUCACACAAUGGCCGAGGGACAGCAACAACAACCCGAGGGUACUUCAAACCUCCUCACAGAUGUGUACAAUAUUGAUGAGGCUACCAUGGCUCAAGUGGACGAGAUACAGAAACAGGUUGCCAGUGGCAGUGAGUUGGUGGGAGAAUUGGAGGAGCUCAGUUCACUAGAGACCGAGUAUUCACACGACGAUGCUGUCUAUCAAGCUAAGAUACAGGAUUUGAAGGGCAAGUAUUGCAAGUUGCGACGGACGCGAGGUGAUGGAAACUGUUUCUUUAGAGCGUUCACAUUUGCUUACAUGGAGAGUCUGGUCCAGGACGCCAGUGACUUGGAGAGGUUUCGUGCAGCAGUGAUGGGGAUCAGAGAUGGUUUAUUGGCCAAUGGCUACCCCUCGUUCACUUUGGAGGACUUCCAUGACAAUUUUAUUGAUGCUCUGGAGUCCACAGCACAGCCUGAGGUAACAGUGGGGAGUCUAACUAAAACAUUCCAAGAUCCUGGACUCUCUGACUAUCUUGUGUGCUAUGUGAGGAUACUCACCUCCGGCUACCUGCAAGCCAAUGAAGAGUUGUAUGGGGCAUUCGUUGAUGGAGGGAGAACUGUCAAAGAGUACUGUAGUCAGGAGGUGGAGCCCAUGUAUCGUGAGUGUGAUCACCUCCACAUCAGUGCUCUGACAGCAGCCGUGGGUGUGAGUGUGCGUGUGCAGUACAUGGACCGAGGGGAAGGGGGUGUGGUCAAUCACCAUGACUUCCCAGAGGGGGUGGAGCCUCGACUACAUGUACUCUAUAGACCUGGACACUAUGACAUUCUGUACCCUCACACUAACUGAUCCAUCAGUCUCAUCAGUCUCUCAUGAAUCACACUAGCUAAUUAUCAUAAAUAAUUUAUUAUUCUUAUAAGAAAGUGAAGACUGUGUAUUCAUUGAAACAA